AUGGAGCACAUUGACUUGGACAUGACUAUCUGUGCUACAGGUUUUGACGCCAUUAAGGGAGCGUAUGAUGCCAUCGACAUCACGAGCAUCAACGGCAUCAGUCUGAAAGACUGCCCGCACCAGAUCUUCGUCAAUAUUUCCAGAAGUAUCGAAUAUGCAGUGGAGUGGGUUAGUGGACUGAUCGAGCACUAUCAAAAGAAUCACAUCAGUUGCGUUGAGGCCACGACCGAUAGAUUUGGCUGGUGGACUCAGCAUGCGUACGACUGUGCAGAGGAAGCGCUAUUUAGCAAGAUCGACUCAUGGAUGACGGGGAUCAAUGCAAACGUUGCUUGCAAGCAAACAGGAGCAGUGGCACGAGAUAAUGGAACUGCCACUCAGUUCAGGACCAAAUGUGGCGCUAUUGCCGCUGAUAAACAUACUGCGUUCAAGUUGGCCGCGUAG